AUUAGUUACAUUAAACAAAGAAAGGGGCGGAUCAAAUCAAAUCCAUACACUCCACGAAAUUAUUCCUUCCGAAAAAUGGCCGAAAUCAAAGUCUGUUCUUCAUGCCUUGUUCCAAUGGCCACAAAUUCGACUCCAAAUUCUAUCUUCCAACUCAAUCCAUGGGAUUUGCAGCUCCUUCAAGUAGGCCCAAUCCAGAGAGGAAUCUUCUUCAGAAACGACGGCUAUCAAACCCUCGAAUCCCCAAUCCUUCUGAUCGAUCACCUCAAAACCACACUCUCCCGCACGCUCGACUACUUCCCUCCGCUCGCCGGACGCCUCGGCACCACCGCAAACAGCGACGGCACGACGUCGUUCCAUGUCAACUGCAGCAACGCCGGAGCUGAGUUCACCCACGCCGUCGCCGGCAACGUGUACGUUUCCGAUCUUUUGGAGCCCAAAUACAUACCAGAUACGGUCUAUUCCCUUUUCCCACUCAAAGACGUUAUAAACUCCGACGGGGUUUCGAAGCCGGUGUUGGGAGUGCAAGUCACCGUUCUCGCAGACGGUCUCUUCAUUGCCUGCACGGCCAAUCAUGCUGUCGUGGAUGGAAUUGCUUUCUGGCAUUUCUUCAAUUCUUGGUCCGAGAUCUCCCGCGGCUCCGACAGGAUAUCGAAGCUCCCCGUUAUCGAACGUUGGUUUCCUGACGGAAUCAAAUCAUUCUGUCUUCCGCCGUUACAGCAGAAUGAAUCGGAUGAGUUUGCUUCUCUUACACUGCUCCGAAGAGUUUUUCAUUUCAGUAAACAAACAGUGUCUGAGCUCAAAGCCAAGGCCAAUGAAGAAGCAGGGAUGGACAGCAUCUCAUCUCUGCAAGCAGUCUCUGCUUAUUUAUGGCGGGGCGUCACACGCGCCCGGAAUUGCGAAAAAAUCAAGAAAGGAUGCAACGACGAAGAAGGCCAGGAAGUCAGCUUCGCGUUUCAUGUGGGUGCAAGGGCAAGAGUUCCUCUCCCAGAUGGCUAUUUUGGGAAUGCAGCUAUGGUGGUGCAAAUGGUGUGUAAAGAGGCGAAGAUAUUGGAGAAUGGAUUAGGAUACGCAGCGCGAAAGAUUAAUCAUUUGGUGGCUCAGCAAAGCCGGGAUACAGCGAUCAAAUUUGUUCAAGAUUGGUUGAAAAAUCCAGCAUUGAUUAAAAAGAUUGCAGUUCCAACUUUUGUGCUAGGGAGUUCGCCGCGGCACAAUGUGUAUGGCUGCGACUUUGGAUGGGGGAAGCCGGUUGCCGUGGGAAGCGGGAUGGGACAAAAGUUUGACGGGAAGAUGAUUGUUUACCCGACGCCGGAGCCUGGUGGGAUGGACGUUGAAGUUUGGCUGUCGCAGGAGACUAUGAUGGCUGUGGAUGAUGAUGAAGAGUUCAUGGAACCUUUCAUGGUUUGAUUCGUUCAUUAAAAGUGAUGUGUGUGCAUUACAACAAUAAUAAUUGAUGUCCCACAAUGAUUGUUACAUCACUAAAUGUCCAACAAUUGGAGAGGAAUGACAAUCAAUAUGUUAAAGUUUGAUGUGUUUAGAGAUUGUUGGUCAUUUGUUUUUUAAUGAUGCGUGGACGACAAAAUAAACUGUGCGGUAUUAAAAAAAAAAAAAAUACUAACAAUACCCCAGUGAUUGUUUAUUCAG